AUGGAAAAGGCUGAGCACAUGGUCUCUACUUUUGAUUCCUGGUUACAAGUAAAUGUUAAUUGGGCGGUAUAUAUUAUCUUCCUUUUUUUUUGUAUAUUCUUUACUGUGUCACUAGACGAAGAGGUGGAGCCAGUUGCCGAAGAUGAUGACAUGCUUCGAGAGAGUUGGACAUUUGAUAUAUGGAGGAGUCAGGGUUGUGGAAGAGCCAAGGUUGCUCAGUCGGAUACCCGAUAUGCAGGAGCAGGGGUAAAUGUAUGUGAUGCAGUUCUCUGUACUUUGGUUGAGAAGAACGGACCGAGAGGCAUCUGA